AUGAACUUGGAGGCUCUGACGCACCUGAACCCUUGCUUGACGAGAAGCGUCGGCGAAGCUGACGCUAUCUCCGAAGACGCCCCGGUCUCUGAGGUCGGCACACCACAAGAAUUGGAGUUUUCCGAUUUGUUCGACGUGGUCCACCUUGACGAGAAAUGGUUCAAUGCGGACAAGGACAAGAGGAAAACCUACGUGGUCCCAGAUCCUGCGCGUCGUGUGUGCAAGUCCAAGCACUUUGUCCCAAAGGUUAUGUUCUUGGCAGGAGUCGCACGUCCAAGGCCCGAGGAAGGCUUCGAUGGCAUGAUCGGAAACAUGGUGACGACAUUGGUGAAUGUUGAUGGAGCGACCUACCGGGACUUCGUGCUCCACCAAGUUGUGCCUGAAAUCAAGAGUCGAUUUCCAAGCAAGACCAAGCGCGUCUUUUUGCAACACGACAAUGCAACUCCGCAUGCGACAAUCGAUGACGGAGUCCUGGCUGAGGUGACCACGGAUGGUUGGGUCUUUAUGGUGCGUCGGCUGCCGCCGAACAGCCCGGACCUCAAUGUCCUGGACCUGGGCUUUUUUGCUUCAAUCCAAGCCCAACAGUACAAGACUUUCAGCCGGUCUGUCGAUGACGUGAUCAGCUCGACGUUGUGUGCCUUUGAAGCGCUCAGUGUUGAGACGUUGGGUAACGUCUUCCUAACCUUGCAAGCAGUUAUGCGUCAGGUUUUGGAGCAUAACGGCAACAACGAUUUCAAGAUUCCUCAUAUGAAGAAAGAUACUUUGAGGCGUUGUGGAUCACUCAUUGCGAACUUCACGUGCCCUGUUUCGCUUCUUCUCCGGGCGAACUCGGUACUUCAGCAAUCCAAUCCUUGA